CUAAAAUCAAAAUUGAGUACUAAAAGUGUUGAUAACAUUAUCAUUUGGUUCCAUUCAAUGACAAAGUUGUAGUGCGCUGCUUGCAAAAUGCUAAGAACUCUGGCUUUUGUUUCUUCCUAUUCGUCGGCAGUUACCACUCCGCCGGCUCUAUUCCGACUCCCAGUCUCUUCAACCUUUCGAAGGCUUUCAAUAUUCAGUCCCUCUCUAUCAGGACCAGCUUCCCUGUACUGCACACUAAGUCGCCGUUUUCCCGGCUACAGGCGGACCAAUCUCUCACCCAUGCCGUUCCGCCGUCCCUUUUAUAAUGGCUUUAGUGCUUCAUUCAAUGCUGCAAGCAGUUCUGAACACAAAAGAGAAUUACUAGUUCAGCAUCUGCUUGUGAAAGAAGAUGACCAAAGGCUUUUGCUGGAUCUUCAGAAAAGAAUUGCGAAAGGUGAGGAUCUUAGCAAUCUGGCUGUGGAAUAUUCCAUUUGCCCAUCUAAAGAAGAAGGGGGGAUGCUUGGUUGGGUGAGAAGGGGGCAAAUGGUGCCAGAGUUUGAAGAAGCAGCAUUUUGUGCACCCAUUAACAAGGUUGUCCGUUGCAAAACACAGUUCGGAUGGCAUUUGCUGCAAGUUCUAUCCGAGAGGGAAGAAUCUAUUCUGGAACAUAUCCAAGCAGAUGAGCUUCACAUGAAACUGCAAGAUCCCACUUUCAUGGAAGAUGCUCAAUUGAUUGAUGUUCGAGAACCAGACGAAAUAUCCCAAGCACAUCUCUCAGGCUUUCAGGUUCUUCCACUUCGUCAGUUUGGGGAAUGGGGACCAGAAAUUAAGACCAAGUUUGAUCCCCAGAAGGAUACAUAUGUCCUGUGUCACCAUGGCAUGCGGUCAUUGCAAGUUGCCAAUUGGUUGCAGACACAGGGGUUUAGAAGAGUGUUCAAUAUUGCGGGUGGAAUUCAUGAGUAUGCUGUGAAGGUUGAUCCAUCAAUCCCGACUUAUUGAAGUGUGGCUUUUCUCCCUGUAUCAGUUUUUUGACAUUGGGUUUAAUUUUUGGGAUACUAAUGAGAUUUAGUAAUAUACUACAUAUUCAUCAUACUGUAAUAUUAUAAAAUGGCCUUUUGUAAUAUCAUCCCAGUUAUUUUUUUCGCUAACAAUACCCAUAGGUAAGAUAAGGAAAAGAAUAAAGGUUGUGAACUUGUGAUGUUUGUUAAAUACCCGUAGGUUUUUUUCUCUCUCACUCAGCUCGCUUCAAUCGAUUGGAUUAGAGAUGUGGUUUUACUUGUAUGAUAUUUUACUUCUAUUGGAAUAUUGGAUUAGAUAUGUGGUUUUACUCGUAU